CGCGGCACCGUCGCCCUCUCCCCUCCCCGGCAGCGUUUCUCCCGCAAGAUGGCGGCGGCCGCCGGCGGUGCCCUGCGCCUACGGCUGCUCUUCGACUACCCGCCGCCGGGCAGCCCGGGCUGCGCGCUGUGCUGGCUGCUGCUGGAGCCCAGCCAGGUGCGCCUCGUCACCGACCUCGUCAGCCUCAUCCGCCACAGGUUCGGCUUCAGCCGCCGGGCCCGCCUCAGCCUCUUCCUGGAGGGGGCGUUGCUGCCCCCCACCGAGAGUGCCCGCCUCGUGCGGGACAACGACUCGCUCCGAGUAAAAUUGGAAGAGAUUGUCGCAGAUGAUUUUGAAGAGACAGAUGAUGGCUUCUCUUAUGCACCAAAAGAAGACAAAAAAAGGCGUAGACAAAAGCAGGACGAGGAAGAAUGCUCUAGAAAUGGAGAAGACGAGCAUAAAAGGGAAAAGAAAAAGAGUAAACAUAAUCCUGAGUAUUCCUCUUGUAGGGAAGAGACCUCUGUAGAUAUUUGUGACUCUCAAAAAAGGUACAAGAAAAGAAAAAGAAAGGAAGAAGUUAGUGGAAGAAAUAGACUCACAGAAGGUAAGGAAGGGAGCUCUACUGACCAAUCUAAACAGCUUAAAAAAAUGGAGAGGGAGAAACAGUUGGCAACAAAAAAAAAAGAUGAAAAGCAGAUAAAGGCCGCUGCACCAAAGACAGCUUUAGAACAGGCAAAUGAGAGCUCUUCUCUAAAUUCUGGUAAAAAUAACACCAAAAAAUUCACAACACAGGCUAGAAAAAAGAGGGUGGGAGCUUCAGAUUCCUCCAGCGAGUCGUCUGACAGUGACAGCAGUGAAUUAAACUUAAAGCAAAAUAAAUCUUCCCAUAAACCUGUAGCGGCAACACUUCCCAGAGACAAAUCCCAAGCUGCUGCAAAUUCUGAUGUGAAAACUGUUGUUUCUAAUAAAGUGACUGUAAAGUCUAACGCUGAAAAUUCCACUAAGACUGCAAUUAGUAAAAGAACUAAAAAAUCCCAGUCCUCUAGUUCAGAUUCUGACUCAAGUACAGAGGAUGAGAAAGUGGCAACAGCGCAAGACGGUACUGCAAAGGAAAAGUCACUGCCUAACAAUGCGGCAGCUGUAAAGACCAGUACCACCAAGGCUCCCAAAGCAAAGACCUCCUCUUCAGAGUCUGAUAGUUCAGAUUCAGAAACGCUUGUUAUUAAAAAACCCACAGCAAACACUGGACUGAGUAAUUCCAUAGUAAGAAACUGUACUAAACAGUUGCCAACCAGUAUUCAAGGACCACUUGCCAGUCCAGGUCGUGGAAGGGGGCGUGGAACAGGAGAGGAUAACUUCUGGAGAGGACCUAGGGGCCGUGGGUUUCGUGGGAUGAUGAGGGGCCAAGGCCGUGGGAGAGGAGCAAACCCUGGCUUCUUCUAUAACUACAGCAGUGAAGGCCAGAAACAGAGGCAGUUAAAUGAAGCUGCGACAAACACUUCUGUUCUUGUCCAGAAUCCGGUGGAAGUCCCCAAGAGAGACUAUAGUGUGUUACCUCUUCUAGCUGCCCCACCACAAGUGGGAGAAAGAAUUGCCUUCAAGCGCUUGGAACUAACUGAAAAUUACAGUCCUGAAGUUUCAGACUAUAAGGAGGGGAAAAUAAUCAGUUGGAAUGCUAAUGAAAAACAGAUCGAGCUUGAGAUCCUUUCGUCAUCAGCAGAACAACUUGCUAAAGAGCCAGGGAAAUUCGAUCUGGUUUACCAGUCUGCAGAUGGAGCAGAACUGAUAGAGUACGCUGUUCCCCAGGACACAAAGAUAACUGAAAGUUGGGAUGCCCUGAUAGAGCCAAGACUGAUUGUUGAGCCUCCAGUUAACGGAUCCAGCAUUGAAAAUGGAACAAUCUAAUGUGAACAAAUGUAAAUAAUGCUGCAGAGCGUGAUACAAAUGCCGUGACCUUGCAGUUAUUUACAGGGUUCACCUGGACAUGUCAAGAAAAGCUUGUGGAUUUCACACUUCUGUAAUUUUGAGAGGCAGAUAAAUAGUACUGGUAACUGUCAGCUUUGCCUACAAUGAGUGGAAUAUAACAUGAAUCCCUGGCAAAAUUGUGUCCCACUGUGUUAAUCUGUGUAGGCUCUGAAAACCUGUUUGCUUGUUCUGAAGCGAACCUUUUUGCCCUUUAUGUGCUGAAGUUUCUGUGCUGGCUUUCUUCUUUCCUUCUUAAUAGCAGAGUGGGUCGCCAGGUGGUGGCAAUACGCUUCACUGACAUCUCUGCCGAUUCUUAGCAUUGAGGUAGUACCUCGUACCCAUGUAGUACUUGCAUCUUGGCAAGUCUUACCAUUUAAGACAAUCCCUGUCCUGGGUAGUUGACUCUUAAACAGAGGACAUGG